AACGAUUAGCAGCAUGGACGGCAAGCCGAUCGACGAUCCAUCGUCCGACGCCGAGACCGCGCCCGUCAUGCCACGGGCGACCAAGGGCCCGCCCAAGAUGGCACCGCCCAAGGCCGACGACAGCGUGGACGCGGUCAAGAAGCCCAAGAAGAAGGCGCCGCCGCCGCCGUCGGGCGCGCCACCCAAGUCGGCGGCGGCGGCCCUCCGCGCCAAGACGAACGGAUCACCGCCGUCGUCGCCGCAGCCCAAAGUCAACGCGUCGGUGCAGAAGAUCCGAUCGGCAGCGCUCGCCGACAGCAGCAGCAAGGAAGGCGAGGGCGAGAAACCAAAGCCCAAGAAAAAACCUCCUCCGCCAUCGUCGGCGCCGCCGCCCGAGCUGGCCGAUGCGGAUGCCAAGGGCAGCACCAACGAAGAGGCCACGCUCGAGGCCAAGCCCAAGCCUAAGAAGAAGCCGCCGCCACCGUCCAAGGCGCCGCCACCUACGUCGCCGCCGCUGAACGAGGCCAAGGCCGAGACCGAGCCCUCGCUUGAAGUCGAGAAGCCAAAGAAGAAGGUCAUCAAGAAGGCGCCACCGCCGCACGUCGACAUUUUGGCGUCCUCCUCCUCGUCCGCACCCGUGGACGAGCCAGUCUUUCCAGCCCCAAAGUCGGCACCCGCCGCGGCAGCUCCGCCCAAGCGGCGCACCAUCGCCGAGCUGCUCAACGAUGGCAACGAGAGCAGCGUCGUGCGCAAGAACACGACAGCGCUCAUGGAAGAAAUCGCACUGCAGCCAAAACACCAAGACGUGUUUACCCCCAUGACGAUGGGGCCGACGACGGGCAAGGCAGCGCCCAUGAGCUCGUCGAACCGGCGCCACGUCGACGACGAAGAGACGUUGACCGUGACGCGGCAUGUGAAGAAGCAGCCCGACGUCGUCUUGGCCAAGCCCAUACUCGAAGCGAGCCUUGACGACGACAUUGAGGAGAUUCCCUUUCUCGACGCCGCGGGAGCCAAGGACGACGACGAGGCGAAGGACCCAGAGAUUGUAAUGGAGAAGGCGGCACCCCGCAGCACGACCCACAGCAACGACAACGUUGACGAGCCCAGUGGGGACAACAAUGCGAGCGGCCGCAGUCAUCCCACCCAGCAGCAGCAGCUACCAAAGUCCAAGACGGCGCUGGCCGACGCGCUCUACAGCGAAAUGAAGCAGCUCGAAUCCAUGGGCAAGGAAGACCUCGAUCGGCGCGUCCUCGAAAGCAAGCAGGAGGAGGCCCACGACGACGCGAAACAGAGCAUGCACGGUGACGACGACGACGAAACCGAACCGUCCGUCGAGGCCAAGCCAAGAAAGCCCCGCAAAACCAAAGCCAAGACCGUCGACGAGUCCAAAAAAGUCUUUGAGUAUUUCAACCCCAAGCGCGUGCCGUAUGUCCCCAACCACUUGCUGGACUUUGUGACGCGGCCGCUUGAAGCCGGGCGCGGCCAUGUGCUCAAGUGCUUUAUUGAGCGGAAUCGCGUGGGCCAAAAUCGCCUCUCGCCCGUGUACACGCUCUUGGUCGAAGUCAACAGCUCGAGCGGCCGGCCCAUCUUGUACUGUCGGCAAAAAGCGACGAGCCAAUUCUCGUCGCACUUUGUGUUUAGCCUCAACAAGGAAGACCUCUUUUUGUCGCGCGCGAUGCGCAGCAAGCAGUUUCUCGGGAAGCUUCGGUCGGACACGCGCAAGAUGGAGUACGCGCUCUUUGACCAAGGCGACAACCCGGAGGACAUUGACUCGGACUGCGAGAUUGACGACGAGAUUCGCCAGCAUAUUCGGGCGCAAUUGUGCAUCAUUCGCUACCACAACAUGAAAAAGGACCAUCCGCGCAAGAUGGAGGUCAUCAUUCCGUCCAUCAACGAGACCGGCACGGGGUACCUGGAUUGGCGCCCCAUCACGCGCGACCAAGCAAUGGAAACGCUCUUUAGCGAGAUUUCCGAAAAGGGCGGCGAGAACGUGGUCGAGGCCGACAAGUUUAUCUGCAUGCACAAGCGCGAGACGCAGUACGACCCGCUCUCGUCGUGCAUUGUCGACUUUCGCAGCCGGGCGACGUGCGUCUCGGUCAAGAACUUUCAAAUGGUGCACUCGCAGCCGCUCGACCAAGACCGGUACCGCGACGCGUACAUUGCCGCGCACCCGGGGUACCACUACGACGACGAAGGCACGGUGAGCGUGCCCCAAGAGCACGUGCUCCUGCAGAUGGGCCGCGUCGGCCAAAACUGCUUCAACAUGGACUUCCAAUACCCGCUCUCGAUGCUCCAAGCGUUUGCGAUCUGCAUUUCCCGCUUUGAUUCCAAGCAGAAAUAAGACAAUGGAGCCUCGUUCUCGUUUGCACUC